UGCAGCCGACAGAUUAUUCAUUAUAGUCAAAAAAAUCUAGAGAGAGAGAGAGCCCAGCAAAGAAACGUGAGAGUAAUCAGCGAAAAUAUGGGUUCAAGAACAGCAACAAAAUCGCAAAUUGUGGAAAAGUUGGAUUUGAAACCCCAUCCAGAGGGCGGGUUCUACUCUGAAACAUUUCGUGAUUCCUCUGUCAUUCUCUCCAAAUCCCAUCUCCCACCUCAAUAUAAGGUCGAUCGGCCCGUUAGUACGUGCAUCUACUUCUUGUUACCUUCCGGAAGCGUUUCUCACCUCCACCGCAUCCCAUGCGCAGAAACCUGGCAUUUUUACUUGGGAGACCCUCUUACGGUGGUGGAGCUAGAUGACAAAGACGGGAGUGUUAAAUUAACAUGCCUUGGACCCGAUCCACUAGCUGAGAACCAAGUGAUUCAGUACGUAGUGCCUCCUAAUGUUUGGUUUGGUGCAUUUCCGACUAAAGAUAUCGAAGUUUCAUCUGACGGCAAAGCAGUCAAAGGAGCCACAAGGGAUUCCGAAGAACACUUUUCUCUAGUAGGAUGCACUUGUGCACCUGCGUUCCAGUUUGAUGAUUUUGAACUGGCAAAACGCUCUGAGCUCAUUGCGCGCUUUAAUGGGUACGAGUCUCUCAUCACUAUGCUCACCUUCCCUGAAUAAUUCUUACUUUGCGGGUAUAAUCGAGCACAUUACUUCUCCGAGAGAAGUGUUUUUUUUCCUUCCUUAUUAGUUGAAUCUUUUGUGUAAUGAUUUGGUAGCUUCGACUCUGUUUGAUGAUCUUCUAUCUUGCAUCUUGUACUAUGAUAUGUGCUCUACGUGUGUAUGCUCUUGUAAGCAGAUUGUGGUUAAGAAAUAAAGCAGUAUUCGGUUUAUGCUAA